AUGACAUCCGAAGAACCCAAGCAAACCUAUCGCGGCAACUGCCACUGCGGCGCCUUCGUCUAUGAAGUCCGCCUCCCGGAGAUCAAGAGUGCAGUCGACUGCAACUGCAGCAUCUGCUCCAAGAAGGGCGCUCUUUGGGUCAUGCCCGCUCCCGAAGACUUCAAAGUUGUCAAAGGCGCCGCGAGCGAGCUCUCCAGCUACAACUUUGGCUCUGGUAACAUGACCCAUAAGUUCUGUGGUAACUGUGCUACCGAGAUUAUGGUGGACUUCCCCAACGGGCCGCCAGGUAUGAAGUUGGGGUUGAAUGUGCGCUCAAUCCAAGACCUGGACAUUUUUGCGCUCGAGAAGAAACCGUUUGACGGCGCGUCGCUUGGAGACAAGUACGCCCCUCAUGCGCACAAAGGUUCCAAGCCGGCCGAAUUUGAGGGUGGGAAGGCGUACACGGGCAGCUGUCACUGCGGCGAUGUCACCUUCGCGGUGUUCAGCAAUCCCAUGGAUGAGACAUGGGUAGGGGAAGGUCUCAUGGGAGGCAUUGUCGAGUGCAACUGCAGCAUCUGCGCGCGUAACGGUUACGUCUGGAUCAAACCCCCCGCCGAGCAGGUCGUAUUGGCUGGAGACGAAGACAAGAUUGGCCGGCACGUAUUCAACUACGGGAUCCUGGCCAAGACCUUCUGCAAGAGAUGCGGCGUCCCAUUGACGAACGAGUGCAGGUCCCUGAGCGACGAGGAGCUCGCUGGUAUGGCGGAGAUAGCGCAGUACUACCACAAAUUGUGCCAACAGGUGCAUCCCGUCAACGCUCGGGUCAUUGACGGGCUAGACCUCACGCGCCUGCAGAUUCGCCAGGUCAACGGUGCGGGAGACCUCAAGCCGGCAGACACAAACCCAUAUGUGAACCCCUGA